CGUAAAGAUGAGAGAGUGCAUUUCAAUCCACAUCGGGCAAGCUGGAAUCCAAGUCGGGAACGCGUGUUGGGAGCUCUAUUGCCUGGAGCAUGGAAUUCAGCCGGACGGGCAGAUGCCGAGUGACAAGACCAUAGGUGGCGGAGACGAUGCGUUCAACACCUUCUUCAGCGAGACUGGCGCGGGGAAACAUGUUCCUCGCUGCGUCUUUCUGGACCUCGAGCCAACGGUGAUUGACGAGGUGCGGACCGGAACUUAUCGCCAGCUCUUCCACCCCGAGCAGCUCAUCAGCGGGAAGGAAGACGCUGCAAACAAUUUCGCGAGGGGCCACUACACAGUUGGCAAGGAAAUAGUCGACUUGUGUUUGGACAGGAUACGCAAGCUUGCCGACAACUGCACGGGUCUCCAAGGAUUCCUCGUGUUCAAUGCUGUUGGAGGUGGAACGGGGUCCGGCUUGGGAUCUCUGCUUCUAGAACGCUUGUCCGUGGACUAUGGUAGAAAGUCCAAGCUCGGCUUCACCAUCUAUCCAUCUCCGCAAGUCUCCACCGCGGUCGUCGAGCCUUACAACAGCGUCCUCUCCACGCAUUCGCUGCUGGAGCAUACCGACGUGGCUGUUCUUCUCGACAACGAAGCGAUAUAUGACCUCUGCCGACGAUCGCUGGACAUAGAAAGGCCUACAUACACAAACCUCAACAGGCUUAUAUCUCAGGUGAUCUCGUCGCUCACUGCUUCUCUUCGCUUUGAUGGAGCUCUCAACGUUGAUAUCACCGAGUUCCAGACCAACUUGGUCCCAUAUCCUCGGAUCCACUUCAUGCUCUCGUCCUACGCGCCAGUGAUCUCGGCCGAGAAAGCCUACCAUGAGCAGCUCUCGGUCGCGGAGAUCACUUCCACCACCUUCGAGCCAGCCUCGAUGAUGGCCAAAUGCGAUCCAAGGCAUGGAAAGUACAUGGCGUGCUGCCUCAUGUACCGCGGAGACGUGGUUCCAAAGGACGUGAACGCUGCCGUGGGAACGAUCAAGACCAAGAGAACGAUCCAGUUCGUGGACUGGUGCCCGACGGGAUUUAAGUGUGGAAUCAACUACCAGCCACCGACGGUCGUACCGGGCGGAGAUCUUGCCAAGGUCCAGCGAGCAGUGUGCAUGAUCUCCAACUCCACCAGCGUCGCCGAGGUCUUCUCCCGGAUCGAUCACAAAUUCGAUCUCAUGUACGCCAAGAGGGCCUUCGUUCACUGGUAUGUCGGCGAGGGAAUGGAAGAAGGGGAAUUUUCCGAGGCGCGCGAGGAUCUAGCCGCAUUGGAGAAGGAUUACGAGGAAGUAGGCACGGAAUCGGUGGAAGGCGAUGGCGAUGAAGGCGAGGAGUACUAGAAAUCUAGCUACAUUGGAAGAAAUGUGACCUAGCU